AUGUCGAGAUUCAUGAAAUGGGCCGAGCUGCCCGCGAGAAAGGACAUUUACCAGGACCAGGGCACCACCAAAUGGGGCAACCACGACCUCUAUCCCAUCGUGCCGUCCGAGCGCACCUAUGGCUGGUCGGCCUACCUCCUUUACUGGUGUACCUGUGCCGCCGGCCUGUCGACAUUCGCCAUUGGAAGCUCGUACAUUGCCGUUGGCCUCACGGCGGGCGAAGCAUGUGGAGCCGUCCUCAUUGGGUCCUGCAUCUCAAGCAUGAACGCCCUGUUCUGCGGUCGGGCAGGCGCUGAGAAGCAUCUCGGCUAUACGAUGAUGGCCAGAGUGUCCUUUGGCCUCCGCGGCAUGUGGCUGCCCCUGUUCUUCCAGCUUAUGAGCAACAUGGUCUUUUUCGGUCUCCAAGCCGUCUACGGCGGCCAAGCUCUCAGUCUCAUGUUUGGAGCCAUGAGCCGUUCAUGGAAAGAUCUGGCCAACACGCUUCCCGCGAGCGCCGGCACUGACACCAAAGACCUCGUUGGCUUCUUUAUCUACAUAAUCCUCUACCUCCCCGUGGUAAUCUGGAUCAAACCUCACAAGCUCGAGAAGUUCAUGUGGCCCGCCUUCUUCGGCACCAUCGGCACCGUCUUCGGCAUCAUGGCCUGGGCGGUGAGCCAGAACGGCGGCUCGCCAGGUAACUUGGUGUCGCCCGCGAUCGAGGUGUCCAGCUCCAUCCGCGCCUUCCGCUUCAUCCAGUGCGUCAGCUCCGUCUGCGGCGUCUACGGCAGCGCCGCCGACCGCUUCUCCGACUGGACGCGCUUCGCCCGCAGCAAGAACUCGUACAUCCUGGGCUCCGCCACCGCCAUGCCGGUGUGCAUCUCCCUCUGCGCGCUCCUUGGGAUCCUGACCGCGAGCGCCACCCGCGCGCGCUACGGCGAGAGCAUGUGGCAGCCGCUGGUGAUCCUCGAAUUCGCCCAGAACGAGCAUUACACGGCCGGCGGGCGGGCGCUGACCUUUUUCGCCGGCCUCUCCAUCUGGUCGCACCAGGUCUUUGUGAACGUGACGCAGAACAACGUCGGCGCCGGCAUGGACCUGGCGGGCAUCUGGCCGCGCUACAUCUCGACGCAGCGCGGCGCCCUCCUGCUCACCGUCUUCGGCGUGCUGGUGCAGCCCUGGCGCUUCUUCACGCAGGCGACCGUCUUCAUCUCGGUCAUCUCCAGCUUCGCCGUGUUCACCAGCGUCUGCACCGCCAUACUGAUUCUGGAUUACUGGGUCAUUCGCAAGCGCGCGUGGAAGGUGCCGGAUUUGUUCCAUGGUGGGCCGCAGUACAUCUACUGGUACUUCCAUGGCAUCAACCUGCGCGCUUGGUUCGUGUAUAUCGUCACCGUUAUCCCAUCGCUGCCCGGUCUCGUCCUCUCCAUAAUGGGCCGCACCACCGGCGCCGCCGUGCGCAUCUACCAGAUCACCUACCUCAUCGGCUUCUUCUUCGGCAUGGCGCUGCACUUGACGGUGAACCGCCUCUUCCCGCCGCCCGGAUUGGGCAUUAAUGAGGAAUUUCACUCGGGAGAGAACAUCAGCAGGGGUGAGAAUGGAAGUGGUGCCGCGGUGGUGGUUAUUGAUGGCGUGUCGGCGAGGACUAGUGAUGAUGAGGAGGAGCAAAAGGUGGGUGUGGGUGGCGUGGUGCGGGAGAAGGGGGCGCGGGCGAGUGUGAGUGUGAGCGCUGCUGGGGUGGGGGAGGGGAGGGAUGUUGAGAAGUAG